GGCUCACUCAACGUACAUCAACCGCGAAUCUACGACACUGACGACACCCCAUAUACAAUCGAACAACCUUCCCCCGCAAACGAACAACUACAAUGGCUCGCUCAAUCCUCGCCGUCCUCGCCGUGGCAGGCCUCGCAUCGGCAGGCAGCCUCCUGACCCCGCGCCAGGACAACGAGACGAAGCCGGCGGUCGACAUCACGGCGCUGAACAAGAACGUCUCGGCGACCGCUGGAUCGGGCGCUGUUAGUGCCGCGGGGACGCUGGCGCCGUUUGGCGGGAUUGGGGUUGGUUGUGGGAUUAAUUGGGCCGAGGGGCAGUCUUUUGGAGGUGGCUUGCAAUCCGGCUCCGAAGCCUUUGGUCUCGGCGGUGGCUUCACAAUCACCAAGGACACGAUGAACAUUGGCCUGGGCAUCGGCAUCAACCCGAUCAACUUCAACUCCAGUGUCAGCUACGAGGCUUCGACCAACGGCACCGUGAGCUUGGUGUUUACUUCGACUUCGGCGAUUAAAUGCGAGGAGACGACUGUUGAUGGGGUUAAGGGCGUCAAGUGUACGUCUACCUGAGAUGUUUAGGUACAUGUAGCCUCUGGUAGUCGUUAUUUGCUUUGAGCGUGUUGAGAAUCUAGAUGCAUAUACACAAUCUACAAUCCCCCCUUUUAUGAGUG